AUGCAAUGUCUUAGCUCACUCAACCCCAAGUUCAAACCAUUAUUUUACUCAGACAACAACACAAUUCAAGUACGCAAAAUUGCUAUUCAUUUCGUUAACCAAGCAGAAGACAUUGAAGAAGGAGACUCUAUCUCAGUUUAUGUUUGCUACUGCAAGUUUUUCAAGGACGAAUUUGGAGGACCAAUUCUCAUGCAUGUCUUCAAGCCACGUCAGCAACUCUACGUGAAACUAAAUAACACUCAUGCAUGGAAUGUAUCUCAAGUUGAAAGCCAAUUGGAAAACACAUACAACAUUUGGCUUUCAUACAUUCAGUUCGAUACACCAGAUGACUUUGAUGUUGAAGAAGAAGACUCUACUCAAGAAGAUGAACCACAAGACUCACCUGAUGAUGACGAAUUUGUACCCGAAGAAGAAGAAUAUCAUUCAAGAACACCAUCAGAAGACGACCAACAAAUGGCAGAUGCAAUGGACAGUCAAGUUCCAUGA